AGCUCACAGCCAUAACUCACAGCAUGUAAUUGGAUAGUUAAUUAACAUCGUUUUCAAUGUUUGCUCUACAAUAUGGUUGUUAUUUAUUUCUAUAUUUAGUUUUUCUUCGCAUAAUCCAAAAUGGUUUUGGAUUAAAAUACAUCGACAUAGAAAUUCAAAAUGACAAAAAUCAAACAGAAAUAGAUUCUGAUAUCAGCCAAUAUGACGAUAGCCUCCGUAAACCAAAUUAUCCCAAGAAAAUAGAACAAGGCAGGAGAAAUUGGCUGGUCACACCAAACCUUCAUUUGAGAUCUACACAGAUAUCAGACGACAUCAACGAAAAAGAAAAAGACGAGAAUCUCAAAAGAAAGAUCUCGGCACUUGUAGACCAAACUGUUCAUGAUACGAAUAAAAAAAUAGAGUUGAUCUCUCAUGUGAAGGAGCAGCUACGUAAUGAAGGACCUUACAAAGCUGGUUUCAUUUUGAGUAUGAUAAAGAAAUCGAAGGAUAUGCUAAGCGAGCUCUUUAAUGUAGCUGUUAAACAUAAGGACGAUUGGAAGGCCUUGGAGCAGUUGAAGAUAUUUGAACUGAUUGUUCAUACCAAUGUGGAUACAACUCAUCUUAUUCGACAACUCAUUGAAGUUCAUGUUCAGUUCUUAAAUUCUACGCACACUGAUGAUAAUAAGAAAAGAAUGGUAUUAUUAAAAUAGUGUUGAUGUAAAUUUUAA